UCUGCUUCCUGUUUACGUUUGCUGAGCGCUUUCACGGGGCGAGAAGGAAUAGCAGACAUCGCGAACUGCACCUGGAAACAGGCUCCGCGUUAGUUUUGUUCACAACCGUCGCUGUCCGUGCGCCUGCAGCCGAUCCUGUCUGUUAGACAGGCCGUUUCAAUGCAUUUCAGAGAAGCUUUACCGCCGCGCAGAUGGACGCUGUUGAUCUGUUUUCAAGCUGCAGAAAGGGCGACAUUGCCAGAGUGAGAUACCUGGUUGAACAGAGGGAUGUAGAACUGAACAUCAGAGAUAAGUGGGACAGCACACCUCUGUAUUAUGCAUGUCUCUGUGGACAUGAAGAGCUGGUGCAGUAUCUGCUUGCCAACGGAGCAAAGUGUGAGGCGAACACGUUUGAUGGCGAGCGCUGUCUGUACGGAGCGCUGAGCGACCCCAUCCGCCGCCUGCUCAAAGAGUACAAGCGCAUCACGGCGAAGGCCAUGCAGAGAGACUAUUACGACCAGUUCCUGCAGACGCUUUUGGAGCAGGGAAACUACAGCGAUGUGACGUUCAUGGUGCAUGGUGAGAUGUUCAAGGCCCACCGCUGUAUCUUGAGUGCCCGAUCAGAAUACUUCGCCCACAUGCUGGAGACCAAGUGGAAGGGCAAGAGUGACAUUACUCUGAAACAUCCACUGGUCAAUCCUGCUGCAUUUGGUGCAAUCAUGCAGUAUUUCUACACUGGUCGUUUGGAUAUAGAUGUGAAUUACGUGGAGGACUGCAAGCGUUUGGCGAAACAGUGCAAGAUCAGCGAGCUGAUUGAGGAGCUGGAAGUGAAGUGCAAACAGGUUUAUGAGUUUGUGUCUAAUAAGCCUGGGACGUGUGUGAAGGUGUUGACUCUGGAUCCUCAUAACUUUCAGCUGCAGGAUGGAAUGGCUCUGCUGGCUGACAGCGCACUUCCUGCUGAGCUGCGGGUUGGAUACGGUCAGCUUCCUUUCGAUCUGACUGACAGUUUUCCGAGUUAUCCUGACAUCUGCUUGCGGGUGGAGGGCUAUGACUUCCUGUGUCAUAAGGCGUUUUUCUGUGGUCGUAGUGAUUAUUUUAAGGCGCUGUUGGAGGAUCAUUUCAGCGAGGGUGAAACUCUACAGUCCCAUCCCAGUAUUCCUGUCAUCACCCUUCAUGAUGUGUCUCACGAUUUGUUUACAAGAAUCCUUUACUACAUCUACAGCGACAACUCUCAGCUCUCUCAUGAGAACGUGUAUGAGGUUCUGUGUGUGGCCGACAUGUACCUGUUACCGGGUCUGAAGCGUCUGUGCGGCCGGACUCUGGCUGUGCUGCUCAACGAGGAGAACGUGCUGCACAUGUGGAAGACGGCCAAACUCUUCCGGCUCUCACGUCUGGAGGACCAGUGCACUGAAUACAUGGCCAAGAUCAUCGAGCGGCUGGUGGAAAGGCCCGAUUUUGCUGAUAUGAUCAGAGAGGACGCCGGGAAUGUGGCCGCCAGGCAGGAAACCGACUCCAUCCCUUUGGUAGACGAGAUCCGUUUCCACAUCGCCAGCGACGUUCAGACGUACAGCGCCAUCGAGGAGGCCAACCAGAAACUCAGCGCCCUGGAGCUCCUGCUGGCCAGCAUCGGCCUGGAGUGCUGAAAAACACAAACAAACUCCACCGAACGCUUCUCAAAUGCUUUACAUGCACAAAUAAUCCGUAGCACCAACAAACUAAUAUGGUCGAUCCUAACCAAAAACAUCGCAGUGGCCUGUUGUGAUGCAGUGAAGCUUCCUGUCUUUAGUCGUUUCUGUCGUUUUUGAUGAACUAAAACAGAGUUAUCAGUUAUUUGACUGAUAGUGAGCCUUAUUUAUCAGCCGUUCAUUCUUCCAGAUGUGUCGUCAUGACAGACGUAGCAGAAUAUUUAUCAAGCUUUAUAGGAAAGUUGUAAAGCGUUGCGAACGCAGAAUCAAAACAGUGUGGUUUAGUUGUUACAUCACUGAUUAUUUCAGUCAUUCGUUUUGAAAAGAUUGAUUUGUUCACAUGCAGAUCGGAGGCGGUACGACUGACUGAUCCGAGAAUGAAUUACCAAAGGAUUUGGCUUGCAUCCUCUCUAGGGUUUUUGUAAUGGCUUACCCUUUGUUUAAGGAAGUAGAUGAUCGUUUCUGUCUCUAAGUGUAUCUUCCAACACUGAUAUAGAAGUUUUCCAGCUUUGCAUCCACAGACUCCUGCUCAUACGCAUGCAAUAUUUGCAUAGAAUUACUCAAUGAUAUAAUCAGGAAACAUGCGCCUAAACCUGUUUUUCCUGCAUUGCUUUGAUUUUAUUUCUUAGCUUUUUAUUUGUUGUAUUUUAUGCUGGUCUUCGCAUAUCCUGAGCUCACUGGGUGGAAUGAAAAUCCCACAGAUGAGGCUUGUAUGAACUUUCAUGAAUGUUUAAGUCGUGAAGUGUCCGUUUACUGAUGCGUUGGCAAUGCGGUUUCCUUUUCUUGUGAUUUCUUGUGGGAUGCUCUGACUGAAUGGGAUGUACAUAAGUGAGCAGAAAUAAAUAUUAUUUAAUGUA